GGUGUAUACCCGCUGAGGCCAAGACUUGGAAGUUGCCCAUACGUUCUUCUCGAAUCUCAAUAUAUAUGACAGCAUCAACUAAAAACUGCACCUAUAUACCGCAGGAGUUAGAUCAUGACCUAGAAACGAUGUCACCAGCUCUCGAAAGAAAAUAAUUUUACGGUGGUAUCUGAAGUAUUCCUCGAUGAAGUUUAUGAUUCUCUCCUUCAAAAAGAGGAUUUUGAUUAUUUCGUUCUUUAAUCAAUGAAAUGACUCAUAUAAACACCGCGUUAUAAAACGAUACCAAAUCUUGAUUCCUAAAAAGGAGUGAAAGUAAAGUUUAAAAAAAACAUCAAGUGCAUCGGAAAACUGUUAUUGACGCCAUUCAGAACUGCAUGUGUUAAGAAUUUUGAGCAGUGUUUUGAUGACAUAAUAAUAUUGUUUAACGGAAAGAUGGAGAAUAAUUAUACAGAGGAAGUGAGUACGGAUAUGAUAAACCUCGUCACGAUGACAGGUAUACCGAUGUCGACAAUGAAUUCGACCAUGACACCGGAAGGUGGGGGUCAAGGAUGGGGCGUGGGCAGGAUCGAAAACAACAUCGCAGUGCGCACCGUCUACGGAAUCAUCGCGAUGACUGGAAUCCUAGGAAACUUCCUCGUCUGCUUCGCGCUCUUCAGGAACACAACACUGCGCACGCGCACCAGUUACUUUAUCAUCCAUCUCGCCUUCACUGACCUUUUGACCUCUACCUGGACCAUUCCAUUUCACUUGUUUCCCGAUCCUCCGGGAGUGGCUGACAACACGAAUGGCGAGAUUGUUUGUAGGCUAUACAUCUCUAAAUUCCCGCUGUGGUGCACCAUUUUCGCCUCCGUUUACAGCCUCGUGAACGUCACCCUCGAGCGAUACUUCGCGGUCGUUCACCCAGUCAAGUACAAGAUCUUUUUCUCCAGGAAGUGGAGCGCUUUGAUGAUGGCUGCGACGUGGGUCAUCGGUUUUCUCUCCAACAUCUACUUCUUCUGGUUGUACGAUGCUAAAGAAGGGUCUUGUGACUUCGUUGGUUAUCCAUCGGUGGCGGCUCAACGCAUCGUGGGCGUCUAUACCUUUGCCGUUGUGUAUGUCAUACCAAUUGUGGCUACCUUGUUCUGCCAUCAUAAAAUGAUCGCAUCACUCAAGAAACAGCUGGAAAUUCUGAGACAAGAAAGACGAGAGAAAAGAGCAACAGGACAAAAGCCAAAGAAGGAUGCUAACGCUUGGCAACUCAAAGCUGCACACGAGAUCCAGAAGACACUCUUGGUCGUCAUCAUCACCUACAUGAUCUGCUGGGCUCCCAAUCAAUUCAUCUUCUUCGCCUUCAAUAUGGGUGCUCCUGUGGACUUUACCCAACCGUACUAUCACGUUUCAGUUGUCUUUGCGCUCUUCAAUUCCUGCCUCAAUCCAUUCAUCUACGUCUACAAAAAUAAAUAUUUCAGGAGAGGGUUGUUGGAGUCGUUAGGUUGUCCCGAAGGAAUGCUAACCUUCCUAAACAGGAUUGGACCAGCCAGUACCGGCACAGCAGAAGGGGACACGCCUACCAAUACCCUGGAAAACACCGCUGGUGCUGGUGUAAGUGGUAGAGCCUCAGGACACAGUACCAAUGACUCCUUGGUUUGAACCGAACCGAAUGACAAUAAUUUUGAGUAUGACCGGUCGACGGGCGUGUGCCAAUUAGGCGCGGCGCUUUCUAUUCUCUUAAAUGAGAAGAUGAACAUAAUCUUGUUCAUGAUCUUGAUGUUGAUGGUAGGCACAAGGGAAAAUGCAUUUAAGUUUCGUUAUGGCAAAAACCCCGACUUGCCGAAUCAAAUGCUCAUUCAGUGAACGAAGUCAUGCUACCGCACUCCUCCUUAAUGAUUUUUUAAUGACAUUAUAUUCUGACAAAAUACCGUUGAUCAUGCUGAUUCUGCGGUGUAAUAUUGAUGUUGUUGAUACGAUAUUGUUGCCUUCGUGGAUGCUCGAUUCAUUCCUUUAUUUUUAGAUCCGUUGCCUAAAGAAGAUCUAUGUCCUGUUUUUUAACUAAGUAUUUUUUAACUAAUCCAUUUUGUUUUCUUCAUUUUUGUAUACGCACAAUGAACGUGACCAGUGGCGUACCUAGGAUUUUCCACAGGGGGGGGGGGGCAAAUUCGUCCGCCAAAAAUUUGACAAGCAAAGAAAAAAAAAAGGGCUUCAACCACAUUUCGUACCCGAAAAAUAUUUGACAGGCAAAAAAAACAAAAAAAGGGGCUUCAACCACAUUUCGUACCAUAAAAAAAAUUGACAAGCAAAAAAAAAGGGGGGGGCUUCAACCACAUUUCGUACCAGAAAAAUAUUUGACAAGCGAAAAAAAAAGGCUUCAACCACAAAUAUAGGAUUUCGUACCAGAAAAAAAUUUGACAAGCCCCAAAAAAAGGGGGCUUCAACCACAUUUCGUACCAGAAAAAAAUUUGACAAGCGAAAAAAAAAAAAAAAAGGCUUUAACCACAAAUAUAGGAUUUCGUACCAGAAAAAAAUUUGACAAGCAAAAAAAAAAACAAAGGGUCUUCAAGACUCGUCAGGGGGGCAGGGAUAUGUCCCUUGCAUGGGUUGUGACUCGUCAGGGGGG